AUGCUUCGAACGCACGCGGCCCAUAAGCCCGGUGGAGGCACCUGGAGCUCCGGAGGAGGAGCCGGCAGAGGUGCCAGCAGUGCCGUCGAAGAGCCUCGCCGUGGAGGAGGUGAGGAAUCCCAGUCGCAGCCGGCGGAGCAGAGAGGCGCUGGGCGGUGCGCUGGAGCCGAUGCAGGCCGGAGAUGGGCAGUGGAGCGCCUGAUGUCAUCGACUGGACGCGGCUGCCGGACACGUACUUUGACUGUGAGGUUGGCGAGUCCCCUGCUUUGGAGGACGCAGCUUCCCACAACGGUCAGGUAUGAGUUCGAGUCCGGUGCCAUCUACGACGGGGAGUGGCUGGAGGGCAACCGCCAUGGCGUUGGGAAGCAGAUCUGGCCGGAUGGCACGGAGUAUUUGGGCCAAUGGCGCAUGGGCCGCGCGCAUGGCUUGGGGCACAUCAAGCACAGCGAUGGCGACUCCUACAGCGGAGAAUGGUUCAAUGGGAGGGCCCAUGGCCUGGGGAUCUAUCGCUUUCAGGACGGCGCCGCCUGCUACGAGGGCCAGUUCCGCUGCGACCACCGGGACGGCCUGGGAGUGGAGACCUGGACCGAUGGCUCCUGUUCCCCGGUCUUACGCAUCCAUGCGGAGCCGGACCGGCGGGAGGAGUUGCACGUCCUUUGGAACAAUCUGGCUCCACCGGCCCUGAACCUCUCCGACGCCAGCGCCAUCCGAGAGUAUUGCGACCAGAAGCUAGACCACUUUGAUGAGAAGGUGAAGAACACCUGGUGUCAACGCUUCUUGGUGAAUGCCACCUACCACAAGGAGGGCGGUCCCGUCUUCAUCUGCAUCGAUGGAGAGGAUUAUCCUUGGCUCAGUGGGGGGCGUCCCUACACCGUGGCCUGCAACAACAUGGUCGAGCUGGCACCCAAAUUCGACGCCAUGAUGAUGGCCCUGGAGCAUCGCUACUACGGCGGUGCUGCCUUCGAUGGCGUGCAGAAUUUUAGCACGGCCAAUCUCAAGUGGCAUUCCAGCCGCCAGGCUUUAGCUGACUUGGCCCAGUUUCACGACCACAUGACCAAAUCCUUGGGAAAGGUGCCCUGGGUGGUCUUUGGCGGCUCCUACCCGGGCUCGUUGUCCGCCUGGGCACGGAAGCUCUACCCCGGCAAGUUUGCUGCUUCGGUGGCCUCCUCCGCGCCCCUCUUGGCACAGGCGAACUUUGUGGGCUACAACGACGUGGUGGCCUCGGCGUUAACCGCGCCCAGCGUGGGUGGCACGCCUGAGUGCCUGGCCACCUACAGCAAGGGCCACGCGGAGGCUGCCGAGAUGAUGAAGACGCCCAUGGGGCGGCGUGCCUUGGAGAAGAUGUUCAACUUGUGUGGCUACAACCCCUUGGAUAACAGCGACAAUAUCGCCUACUGGGCCGGUACUGAUGGCAUCGUUUCCACGGUGCCACAGUACAACAAGGCCACCUGUGAGUAUACCUACUGCAAUGUGAAGCUCUUCUGCGGGAACUUGUCGAUGAUGAGCAAGAGCACGGCCAGUAACAUUGAAACCCUGCAGUUGAUGUCGGAGUUUCAGCGAGCGGAAUCCAUCGCACGGGGGCGAAAGGUCCCCAACUGCACGGAUGCCUCCUACAAGGCGUACGUGGAGAGCAUGACGUUGGAAAAGAAGGUCCCCGGCACCGACCCCAAGGCGGGCGACCAGUUCGGGCGGCUCUGGACCUAUCAGACCUGUACGGAGUUCGGCUGGUACCAGACCUGCGAGGAGGGCACCAACUGCCCGUAUACCAAGGGCUACAACACCAUUCAGUGGGCGCUGGAGCUUUGCCAACUCCUGUUCGACAUCUCUCCGGCGCAAGUCUUGGCGAACAUCGACGCCACGAACCGCUACUACGGAGGCUCCAACUUCCCGGACGCCACGAAGGUGGUCUUCCCCAAUGGCGAAGUGGAUCCCUGGCACUGGGAGUCCAACCUGGUGAGCCCCGAGCCCAACGUGGACACGAUCUUCGUCAAGGGAGCCUCCCACUGUGAGUGGAUGCACCCGGAGGUGCCGGGCAUGCCGAUGCAGCUCAUCCUGGCCAAGGAGGCGAUCCAACGACGGAUCGCCGCAUGGCUGCUGGAGUCCAAGGAGGUUGAACCGAAGAAGGAGGAGGAGGUGAAGGUGGAGAAGGCACCCAAACCCGAGCCGGUGGUGCAGCCGCGGCCCGAGAAGAGCGAGGAGCACUCGCACAAGCAACACUUGCAGCAGCAGCACGCGGAGCGGAAGAGGAAGAUGAGCAAAUUCUUGCUGCAAACGGAGUUCCUGGGCUUCGCCGGUGGCUUCCAGCAGGGCCAGAAGAGUGGGUAUGGCUCCAACACGUGGCCGGACGGCACUGUGUAUUUGGGCUCCUGGCGGCAAAACUGCCCCAACGGCCCGGGAGAGUACUCUCUCAACGGAGGUACCAACUUCAAAGGCCAGUGGGAGAAGUCCGCGCCCCACGGCAUGGGCAGAUACCGGUGGCCCGAUGGGAAGACGUACUGUGGGAAGUACCGCUUCGACCAGAAGGACGGCUUCGGCAUUCUCACUGAAGCUAAUGGCACGGUGCAUGAGGGGUUUUGGUCGAAUGGCCAGCUUUUGGAGUGA